GCCGCUUUGGUCCGUCAACGAUAUGCUAUCCUCAUACCCCAAACCCUCUGUCGAUGCUGCCACCCUUCGCAAACUUCACGACCUAUCUGCUCUUAUCUCCCCUGAAGAAGGGACAGAUGCCCAUGCAGCCCUCACACGCGAUAUGGAGGACCUAGUAAAACUUGUCGAGGCAGUCAAGUUAGUGGACCUCAAGGAGUCAUCUGCAUUAGACGGUAGAGAACAGACCAACUCUGUGCCUGAUGGCCGUAUCUGGCCCAAGGGGGAGGGUAUGAUUCUCAAUGCCGAAGAAUGGACUGGGACACCGGAACAGGAGGAAUGUGGUACUGCGCUCCUGGGGCAUGCGUCUCGUACGGCACAAGGUCUAUAUGCGGUGGACGCCGACAGGCAUCGAUGAUUCCACGUACAUGAAUAAUCGUGAGGCACGGUGGCUCGCACUUUUCGCGGCUCCAGCUACAUGCGUGAUGCAACACCCGACACCAAUAGACACAGGUAGACACUCAAUAUUGUCAAAUAGCCGAAAGGGCAGACUCGUCGGCCGGUCCUUCCGCACAUUCCGAGGGUGCAGUUCGCGAUGGUGAAUUCGAACUUGAGGAGGCGAUAUAACCCUGAAGACACAGUCUACUUCAAGCGCUGCCACGGGGUCGAUGAAGGAGGGACAGAGUUGCUGAGGGAGAUCGUGCCGAAUGCGUCUUUGAAGAGAGUUACUGAUGUUAUUCUUACCGAUGUUCUAACGUAGAUGAUUAAAUAGCUGCAUAGCUGCAUAGCUGCAGGUUACC